GGUGGAAAGGCAGCGCGCGCGCUCGCUUCCUGUCCGUCCACCACUAAAUGCGCGCAGAGGAAGGAUCGUGCCGCACAGCCUUCUAAGGGUUAGCUCGACGGAGCUCGAUUCCUAGAGUGGAGAGUUGAUUUAUUUAUUUUUUUGGAGGGGGGCGGAGAGGGAGAGGGAAGAGGAGGGGCGUCCUCCAUAUCCAAUGCCCGUCCCCACGAAGCCCGUUCCCCUCCCGGAUCCACCAUUGGGGGAGAGAGAGCGGCCUUUGUCUUUCCCGAGAGCUGCAUCGGGCGAUUUGGCCUUGGCAACACCACUAGUUAGGGACAUCUCUGCCUUGAGACAAAAAGCUGGCAGGCAAAAGAAGCAAGCCUUCGCUAAUGCUGGAGGCUUCCAAGAUGGAAGAGCAAGACUCUGCUGCCUCUGAAUCAGGAAGGAGCCCUGAAAACAUAAAGAUUGGGAGCAGCGGGGAAUCCUGGGAGAAAACCAUGCAGAAGACUCUGAGCGAGAACUUGCUCAGAGCGGAUGUGCAGCACCAGCGCUUCAAGCAGUUCCGCUACCAAGAUGCCGAGGGCCCCCGGGAAGUUUGCAACCGCCUUCAUGACCUUUGCCACCAGUGGCUGAAGCCAGAACAGCAUACGAAGAUUCAGAUCCUGGACUUGGUGAUCCUGGAGCAGUUCCUGACCAUCCUUCCACCGGAGAUGGAGCGCUGGGUCAGAGAAUGUGGAGCAGAGACCAGUUCCCAGGCAGUGGCCCUGGCAGAGAUUUUCCUCCUGACUCAGGCAGAAGAGAAGAAGCAGGAAGAGCAGCAGGGGCAGGGGCUGUUUGGUGCUGAUUUCUCCGAGGCAGAGAAGACUUCACCAGACACUAAACACAGCCCGCUACGAAAGGGGAUCAUGCCAGAGGGUGACGGUGGGACCAGCUGGCAAGGCUAUGGAAUGCUUCCAGGAAUACGUGCUCAGCCAUCUCUUCUGUGCGGUGGACGAGAAACGGCUUCUGGGCAACCUGAUAAGGAUCUGGCGACCUUGAAGGGGGCUCCUAUGUACCUUUCUAAGGAGGAGCGGACUUUGCUGGAUCCAGAACAGAGAGCUGUGCACAGGCAGCUCAUGAUGAAGAGCUGUGGGAUCAUGGCCCCUCUAGGAGGUGAAAGAUGGGAAGUGGAGAGUAAAGGAGAACCGCGAGGGAUGUCGCCGGAGAGAGGGCGGUGCAAAAAGAGCGAAGAGCAGAAAAGGAAAACGGAAAUAAACCAUAAAAGGAGAACUAAAUCCCCCGUUUCUGAAGACGGCGACUAUCAUGAAAUCACAGUCCAAGGGAAAAUUGGGAAAAUAAGGAAAAGAAGCGAAAAGCCUGUUAUUAAAAUAAGUGAGCCGCCGACCGUUAAAAGACAAAGGACUUACUUUUUCAACAAGGAGUGGGAAGAGAGGUAUUGCUUUGUGGAUCUGAAUGGCAAGUGUGUCUGCUUAGUCUGCUCCUCGACCGUUGCAGUCUCAAAGAAGCACAAUGUCCAGAGACACUACGAAAGGAACCACAGCAGUUUUGCAAAAGAGUAUCCCCUGGAUUCUGAACUUCGGAAAAAAAAGGUCCAUGAAAUGAAAUCUAAAUUGGAGAUUCCAUCGACACCAGCCACCAGGCCUGUGGUGCAAUCCAAGAAUAAUACAAUGGCGUCUUUUAAAAUUGCAAGCUUGCUUGCAAAGAGGAAAAAGCCGUUUGUGGACGGGGACUUGUUGAAAGAGAUAUUUUUGACUGCCGGUGACUCCAUGUUCGAAGGUUUCCCUAAUAAAAAAGAAAUACUUGCAGCGAUUCAAAAAUUGCAGCUGUCUGGAAACACCAUCACAAGAAGAAUUGAGUCCAUAUCCAGAGACUUGGAUUAUCAAUUGCAAAGUGACCUUCAGAAUUGCCUUUGGUUCGCACUUCAGUUUAACGAAUCGACAGAUAUAACAGACCCGUCUCAGAUGGCAGUUGUUGCGAGAAUGGUUUUGAGUGAUCUUUCUGUAAUAGAAGAGCUACUCAGAAUACUACCUCUGAAAGGGAAAACAAGAGGUGAGAAUAUAUUUCAGACUUUCAAAGAUUUUGCCAUGGAAAUAAAUUUGCCUCUUCACAAAUUGUCAUCUAUCACCACCGACGAGGGAGCAGCAACAGGCUGCAUUGGUGGGUUUAUUGCCCAGUGCCAGCAGGACGAAUCUUUUCCCAAGUUUGUUUCAUAUCACUGCAUCGUUCACCAGGAAGCAUUAUGUGCUAAAGUACUCCGGUUUAAACACAUAAUGGAUGUGGUUAAAAAGAUAAUAAACUCUAUCCGGGCCGUCUCCUCAAAACACAGGCUUUAUAAAGCGCUUCUGGAGGAUGUGGAUGCUGAGCACAAUGAUCUCCUUUUGCACACUGAAGGCAGGUGGCUGAGUAAAGGGAAAGUUCUGGCCAGAUUCUUAAACCUGAUUGAAGAAAUUAAGGAGUUUUUUAGGUCUAAAGAUCAGUAUGUUGAGCAACUUGACGACAGGUUUUGGUUAAUGGACUUGGCUUUCCUUGCUGAUUUGAUGCAGAAACUGAACAUUUUGAACUUUGAGCUUCAGGGUAAAGACAAGCAUAUUUCUGGGAUGGUCACUGCAGUCAAUGCCUUCAAAGAUAAACUGAGGUUGUGGAAGUCACACUUGGAGAGGAAAUCGCUCCUUUACUUCCCGUCAAUGAAGCAAGCCAUUGGAGAGGACGACUUCAACGGUGCGCCAUUUGUGGGCUACCUGGAGAUCCUGGAGGAGCAGUUCCUUACUCAGUUUGAGCAGCUCAUUGACAUCGAGCCUGUCGUGUCCUUUUUUGCAAACCCAUUCGACACCAUCGAUGUCACAGUGACCGCCAUGGCCAUUGCAGAACUCUGCCAAGCUGGGCUGGAGGAAAUAGAGCUGGAGAUCGUGGACUUGCAGAAUGACUUGGUUUUGAAAUCUCAUUCAGGCCACGACAACUUUUGGAAUCAGGUUGGUUCUCAGAAGUUCCCUUUGUUGAAAAAGACUGCUGCAAAGGUAAACUCUUACUUUGGGUCAGCUUAUCCGUGUGACUCCCUUUUCUCUGCUAGAAAAUUUAUCAAGUCAAAAAACAGAACACGGCUGACGCCUAAGCAUCUGGAUGACUGUUUGCGAGCAGCCAUCUCGUCGUACACCCCCAAUUAUAGCAAGCUUGCAGAUGACAUGCAGUGCCAGGCAUCCCAUUAGUCUUGGAGCAGUGGCACAAUUUAUGUGAGGUGUGGUUGCUUUGCGUUCAUCAUUAGCUUUGAUUGGGUUAUUUUCAGUGGCUUCUGUUCUUUUCUAUGCUGUGUUCCUUUUAACUGAUAUAUCACUCUUAAAUACAUCAUUUUACUUGUGACCGUGGGUGUAUAUUGUUGCAGUAACUCAGCCCAGGUAUAACCAAAAUGUCCUUAAAAAUGGCGAGCGAGCUUUUGAGUUCUCCGGAAUGCUUCACCACACUUGAGUGUUAAGCGAAGCGGGUGGGGAGCUAGCUUAGUGUCCCAAAGACUGCAUUGGUCUCAGCCCCCAUCUACACUAUACAGUCGCACCUUGGAAGUGAAAUGGAAUCCGUUCUGGAAGUCCAUUCGACUUCCAAAACGUUUGAAAACCAAAGUGUGACUUCUGUUUGGCUGCAGGAGCUUCCUGCACGCAAUCGGAAGCCGCGGAAGCAAUGUCGGAUGUUCGGCUUCCAAAAGAACGUACAAAACCAGAACAAUCACUUUCGGGUUUUGAUCGUUCGGGAGCCAAGGCAUUCGAGAUUCAAGGUACAACUGUACAUUUAAAGCGAUACUAUGCCACUUUACAGAGUCACAGCUUGCCAAAGAAUCCUUGGAGUUGUAGCUAAUAAACUCGGAAGUGUUUUGAGAGUUGCCCAGAGACUCCUAAUCCCCUCACAUAACUACAAUUCCCAAAGUUCCUUGGGAAGAGGAACCAGCUGUUGGACCACUCUGAAAACAGUAGCUCUUUGAGAGGAAUAGGGGUCUCCUACGAAUUCCCAGCAGCCUUAACCAGCUCCACUUCCCAGGAUUCUUUGAGGGAAGCCAUGGUUGUUUAAAGUGCCAUGAUACUGCUUUCAAUGUUUAGAGCUGGUGAGGUCUAAGUGGGGCAUGGGAGGAGGUUGUAGUCUUAUUCGAAUAAGCUUCCUCAGCUGCUAUGUAUGUUUUAGGUGACACCAAGAGAUGCUAGGGUAAAGAAACACACGUGACUGGUUCCCCAUUUUUGAAAAUACAAAAUCCAGCAGUUAGAGAACUUUUGGGAAUGUUUCUUAUGGGAUAACACAGCUAUCUUUUUGCUUUUUGUAUCAUUAUUACGCUGCUUGCCUUCUCUUCACAUUGGGCUAAGGAUAUGGAAGCCCAAAUAACUUCAGUAGGGCUAGAGAAAUAUUUGCCAUAAACAUCAAUGAAUCCUUUCGGUUUAUGCUAUUUUUGCUACACUUCAUUUACUGCUGAGCAGUGUUUGAAAUUAGCCAGGUGCCAUGCGCAUUUUGCACCUGACUAUUGGCCACUUAUAACCAAGUGAAGAUGCCUGGGCAUCAGGAUGGGGCCUGACGUCUCCACCACCUGGAGGUGCAUGCCUGGGAAUCCUUGGAUCUGUUUUCACUUCCCCACCCAUCACAUUUGUGAAGAAUAUCCCUAUGUUAUGAAUGGUCCGUGUCGCCAUUAAGAAAAAGAAGUAGGAAUAGGCCAAUAUAUAUGUGGACUGUCCCUGGAUCAAGUGGCUUUUCUUCUUUAAUGAUUCAAAAUUCUUAACCUAGCUCAAGGUUGUCAUCUGAACUAGCCAGAUGUUUAACUGAGAAUCAAUCACAGUCAGUUAAUCGCUUGAAAAAUAGGAAUUUGGAGCUGUCUUGCCCCAAAAUUGCAACUAGACAUUCUGUUUUGGCCUUUGUAACCUUGGCUUAAGGAUCCAUUUGAUACCUAGUUUAUAUAUCGUGAGUUUCUAACGCUCCUGCUGAGGAAUUCCCUGUGCAGUCUGAUUCUACUUGUUUUGUUUAUUCAAAAAUGCUGUAAACACAAGAAACCAAGCUCAAAUCAAGUGGAUGUGUAGCUGUACAGAGGUACCUCGGGUUACAAAUGCUUCAGGUUACAAACGCUUCAGGUUACAGACUCCGCUAACCCAGAAAUAGUACCUCAGGUUAAGAACUCUGCUUCUGGAUGAGAACAGAAAUCAUGCUUUGGUAGCGCAGCGGCAGUGAGAGGCCCCAUUCGCUAAAGUGGUACCUCAGGUUAAGAACAGUUUCAGGUUAAGAACGGACCUCCAGAAUGAAUUACGUAAGUUCUUAACCCGAGGUACCACUGUAAUUCAGUGCCCACCACCACUUUUUAAAAAUCUUUUUCCUAUUUUAAAAAUGUUAUUGUUAAACCAUUUGUAAAAGUCUUCUCCCAAAAUCAUCUGUCACCACAGGCUACAGGCACUUUGGAAUAAAACUGGUAAACUUGCAAAGAUAAACACCUUCAAAAAUGUGAAAGAGAUCUAUCUGCUCAUUUAUAAGCCUAUGAAAAGGGAAACUUAACUGGGGGUGGGGCGCGGUUCUCUGAUUUUAUACGAAAAGGUUACACAAUAUUCAGCAUAGGGUUAGAGGAUUCUUAACUACUCUUGUCAGAACCCUAAAGGUAAGGUAAAGGGACCCCUGACCAUUAGGUCCAGUCGUGACUGACUCGGGUUGCGCGCUCAUCUCGUAUUAUUGGCCGAGGGAGCCGGCGUAUAGCUUCCAGGUCAUGUGGCCAGCAUGACAAAGCCACUUCUGGCGAACCAGAGCAGCACACGGAAACACCGUUUACCUUCCCGCUGUAGCGGUUCCUAUUUAUCUACUUGCAUUUUUGACGUGCUUUCAAACUGCUAGGUUGGCAGGAGCUGGGACCGAGCAACGGGAGCUCACCCUGUCACAGGGAUUCGAACCGCUGACCUUCUGAUCAGCAAGCCCUAGGCUCAGUGGUUUAACCCACAGCGCCACCUGGGUCCCUUGUCAGAACCCUAGGUUACUGCAAAAAGGGAAACUAUUUUGAGAGCAAAAAACCGUAAUGCCAUUUCAGAGUACCUUCUCCCAGCAGGAGGCAGUUGCAUGGACUUAUAAAAUUGCUCUCUGGGCUUUUCAUGGAACAUAGCAGGGCACAGAAGUUGUCUCCCUUUCAAAUAUAAUAAAUGAUUGAUUGAUUGAUUGCUGAGAAUAUAUUUCAGCAGGCAUUGGCCACCCACUUUCAAACACGUUGUCUAAGUCAUAAACGCGAGAAACUUGCUGCUUUUUAAAGAAGGACUUUGAGAAUCUCCAGAAGGUCUGUUUUACACCCCGAUUCUGUACCUUUACUGGACUCUGGUAGCAUUGUAGUAUAUAUUUGGCCCCGACCUUUUAUAUUGAACCUGGAAACUAACAGGUAAACUGCACCGCUGGGAAAACUGAAGUGUAAUCUGCUUACUGUAGCUAGUUUAGUCUGGCUGGAAACCGGAGGACUGAUUUUACACAUAACACUAUAAAGAGCAUCCUUACAUAGUGCAAUAUGGAGGCUAUUUGGGGAAGAAGGGUGCAGGAUAGAUCUCAAGUUAUCAAGAAAAAGCUUCAAAAAAAGGUGCUUGUUAAAAAAAAAGGAAUCCAGAUGUGGCCACCCCCUCAUUUCCCAGGAACAAGAACAGAGAGAACUUAGUAAAUAUUAGGUGCCUUGUAAAAUAUAUAGUAUGUGGAUUCUGCCAUUCAUACCUGAACUUUGUACUCCAGUUCAAAGCACUGACCAGUGCUUUUUUUCUGGGGGGUAAGCAAGGGUGCACAGUACUGGCACCUUCCCCCCCCCAAACGUUACACUAAGUGGCAGUGUAUGUAACAACUUCAUGGUGAGUACAGGCACCUUCCCCCCCCCCAUAUAUUUUUAAGCGCUGGAGACUUAACUUGCAGGUAGACACAUACACCAAGUUAUUGACUGACCGGUCAGCAGGAAAAUAAUCUUGCCACUAUUGAAUGAACUUUAUCGGAGAGAAUUUCAUGGUGGUCAUUCAUAGAAGUCAAACACACAAAACUCGGGAAUUAGACACUGUGUUGGUGCAAUUGUGGGACUUUAGGGACUUUCUGGCACCUCUGGUGACCCUGCCUGUCCAGUUUGCACCUUUUGGUCUGUGGUAACGGUAGAAAUUGGCACCAUCAUUGGUACUUGUAGCACAAGUGGACCUGGCUUAGUGCCUCCUUCCUAUAUUUAGAGACAACACUUCUUCGAUUGGAUUGAAACUGUUGGCCCUUUACCUGCCGGUGGCCGUCAGAUUUGUGGUUGCCCAGGGAUAGAAAGAUGGUUCAAGCAUUGCACAUGAAAAUUGGCUUUAAAAAGCAACGCAUAUUGCGCUUACGGAAAAACUCACCAACUCAACAGUUUUGCAUUGGGCUGUACUAUGAAACCAGAAGAUUAUGCAGCUGUUUGGUGGACUUUCAUGACCUAAGUCAAUAAUUGCCCACAUUUUAAUAUGGUCCCUGCUAAGUAUGAGUUUAUCUGGAAAUAAUUUUUAACCAGGCUACUUACCUUUUCACUAUGUAUCUUAGCAAAUGCUUUCAUACCCUGCUAGCUUUGUUAUGAACAUGUUUUACGCUGCAGUCCCUUUAUUGUAAUCCCUGUACAUACUGCUCGUUCGCUUUUAUGUAUACUUACCAUUUUAGUUGCUUCGUCUUGUUUUUCCUCCCUUCUCCUUUUUUCUCUUACUCAGUGCUGUAUACCUGUUGAAAUAAAAGAAACCAUUUAAACUAAAUAAAUGAAAAUACUGAAAGAACUUUACUGGCUUCCAUUGUGUUUUCAAACCCUUUUCACGCUGCUAGUGGUUAACUUUAAAAAUGGCCCUCUUGAAGGAGCGUCUCUACCCCCAUUGUUCAGCUCGGACACUGGGGUCCAGCUCUGAGGGCCUUCUGGCCGUUACCUCCCUGUGAGAAGUGGGGUUACAGGAAAUAAACAACUAUCUGACCUUUAGAAGACAUCUAAAGGCAGCCCUGUUCAGGGAAGUUUUUAAUGUGUGACAUUUUAAUGUAUUUUAAAAAAUUUGUUGGAAGCCACCCAGAGUGGCUGGGGAAACCCAGCCAGAUGGACAGGGUACAAAUAAUAAAUUGUUAUUGUUAUUGUUGUUAUUGUUAUUAUUAUAUCUGACAGAAACCCUGUUUAGGGAAGUUUUUCAUGUUUGAUGUUUUGUUGUGUUUUUAAUAUUCUGUUGGGAGCCAACCAAAGUGGCUGGGGAAACCCAGCCAGAUGAGCAGGGUAUAAAUAAAAAAUUAUUAUUAUUAUGGGGAGAGACACAAGCAGGCACCUGGAAUUGUCUUUAGCUACCACUUCCCCCCUCCUGUUUCACAAGGGGCAGCUGUGCUGGAAUUCUGAAGCUCCAACAAAGAGUUGUGCAGGUCUUUAAAGGGCCACAGAUUUAUGAUGGCAAAAAGGCUUAUGGACGACUAGAGUCCUGUUCAUUAGAACGCAAGAAAAGCAAUGCUGGAUUAGGCCCCAGGCCCAUCUAGUCCACCAUCCUGUUCUUACAGGGGCCAACCAGAUGCCUGUGGGAAGCCUGCAAGCAGGCGCUGAGGAGAAGGAGGAGCUCUUGCAUCUUGUGAUUCCAAGCAACCGACAUUCUGAGACAUGCCUCUGACUGUGGACGCAGAACAUAGCCAUUGUGGGUAGUAGCCACUGAAAGCCUUAUCCCUCAUCAGAUGCACGGGGUGUUUUCCUCAAGUAACAGGAACACAUACAUCCAUACAUGAUGGGAAGAGCGAGAUGAUAUGAAUACGCAACAAGGUGCACAUUGUGACAAUUACAUCGAAGAUGUGCACAUUUGUUUUGGUAAAAAUUCACAAAGCAGUGUUGAUAGCACAAACAUACCAACAUUGAUCUGCUCAUUAACAUGAAAAGUUGGAUUCUGUCCAUCUCAAGAUACAAUGGAGCGCACAUCCACAGGGCGAAGUCAAACCAUUGGCGCAUCUCUGUGUCUGCAGAGACCGGU